AUGAUCCAGUUCAAGGAAGUUAUUUAUGAAAAAGAAAUGCAGAGAAUUUUUAAGUCUGCUGAUAGUAUUGGCGAGUGGAAAAAAACAACAAGUAAACAGUUAUCUAUCCCCACCACCACCGCAGCAGCAGCAGCAGCAGCAGCAGCAAGUAAACAGUUAUCUAUCACCACCGCAGCAGCAGCAGCAGCAGCAGCAGCAGCAGCAAGUAAACAGUUAUCUAUCACCACCGCAGCAGCAGCAAGUAAACAGUUAUCUAUCACCACCACCAUCGCAGCAGCAGCAAGUAAACAUUCAUCUGUCACCACAACCGCAGCAGCAGCAAGUAAACAGUUAUCUAUCACCACCACCACCGCAGCAGCAGCAAGUAAACAGUCAUCUGUCACCACCGCAGCAGCAGCAAGUAAACAGUUAUCUAUCACCUGCGCAGCAGCAGGAAGUCAACAGUUAUCUAUCACCACCACCAUCGCAGCAGCAGUAAGUUUACAGUUAUCUAUCACCACAACCGCAGCAGCAGCAGCAAGUAAACAGUUAUCUAUCACCACCACCGCAGCAGCAGCAGCAAGUAAACAGUUAUCUAUCACCACCACCACCGCAGCAGCAGCAAGUAAACAGUCAUCUGUCACCACCGCAGCAGCAGCAAGUAAAAAGUUAUCUAUCACCUGCGCGGCAGCAGGAAGUCAACAGUUAUCUAUUACCACCACCAUCGCAGCAGCAGUAAGUUUACAGUUAUCUAUCACCACAACCGCAGCAGCAGCAAGUAAACAGUUAUCUAUCACCAACACCGCAGCAGCAAGUAAACAGUUAUCUAUCACAACCACCGCAGCAACAGCAAGUAAAGAGUUAUCUAUCACCACCACCACCGCAGCAGCAGCAGCAAGUAAACAGUUAUCUACCCCCGCCGCAGUGGCAGCAAGUAAACAGUUAUCUAUCACCACCGCCGCAGCAGCAGCAAGUAAACAGUUAUCUAUCAUCACCACCACCGCAGCAGCAGCAAGUAAACAGUUAUCUACCAACAUCACAAUUGCAGCAGCAGAAAGUAAACAGUUAUCUAUCACCACCACAGCAGCAGCAAGUUUACAGUUAUCUAUCACCACCACCACCACCACCACCACCGCAGCAGCAGUAGCAAGUAAACAGUUAUCUAUCACCACCACCACUGCAACAACAGCUGCAACUAAACAGUUAUCUACCACCACCACCGGGGCAGCAAGUAAACAGUUAUCUAUCACCACCACAACCACAGCUGCAGCAGCAGCAGCAGCAGCAGCAAGUAAACAGUUAUCUAUCACCACCACCGCAGCAGCAAGUGUACAGUUAUCUACCGCAGCAGCAGCAAAUUAG